UCUAUUGAUUUUAUUCGCAUGUCUCGAUUUGAUUUGAGUUUUUUUUGAAAUUUUUGAAAUUUUUUUAAUUAAAUUUAAUUUAAUAUUCGAUAAGAAAAAUGUCGCGAUCAUAUGAUCGUCCGAUGACCCACCAAGAAUAUUUGAAAUUAAAAUAUUCAUCACAGGAUGAUUAUGAACGUAAACCAAAGAAAAAGAAAUUGAAAACAUCUACAUCGAAUGUCAAGCAACCAACUGUUUCCAUUAUCGAUACAGACGUUGAUUUUCGACAACAAAUAAAACGAUAUGAUAGUGAUGAAGAAGAAUUAUAUUUUGGUACCAAAGAAGAAAAACCAAUCGUUACGGCUGUGAUUGAUGAACGUCCCAUUCAUAUGCGUACCGAUUCUGCUGAUCGAACUAAAUGGAAAGCAAUCGUAUUUCGUGAUCGAAAAACAGGUAAAAUACGUGAAAUCGAGAAAGAAUUGAAAGAAAAACAGGAAAAAGAUGAACAAAAUGCUAUCGAACAGGCUGAAAAACAAGCAGUCUAUGAUCGAUGGUCAAAAGGCCUGGUACAACGCGAAGAACAAUUGGAAAAAAUGGAGAGUGAAUUACACGAAAUGUCAAAGCCAUUAGCACGUUAUAAAGAUGAUGAUGAUCUUGAUGAAUUAUUACGAAAUCAAGAUCGUCAAGAUGAUCCAAUGUUGGCCGAAAUAAUGAAAAAACGUGAAGAGGAAAAAAGUCAAGAUCCAAAUUAUAAAAAAUUUCCCAAAUAUCGUGGUCCACCACCACCACCGAAUCGUUUUGAUAUUAAACCAGGAUAUCGUUGGGAUGGUGUUGAUCGUUCGAAUGGUUAUGAAGCAAAAUAUUUUGCUAAAAAAGCCGAUCGUGAAGCUAUUCAAGAGGAAGCAUAUCAUUGGAGUACGACAGAAAUUGAUUUAACUGCCGGUUUAUUACCGAAAAUCGCCGAUGCUAAAGAAUCCGAAUUCGGUUAUGUAUUUGCUGUAUCGGGACCUGUAGUUACGGCCGAAAAAAUGUCCGGUGCUGCUAUGUAUGAAUUGGUACGUGUUGGUCAUGAUGAAUUGGUUGGUGAGAUUAUUCGUUUAGAAGCUGGUGUCACUGUCGGUGAUCCGGUAUUACGAACAGGUAAACCAUUAUCCGUUGAACUUGGUCCCGGUAUUAUGGGUAGUAUAUUUGAUGGUAUACAACGACCAUUGCGAGACAUUCAUGUGCUCACCGAUAGUAUCUACAUUCCAAGAGGUGUUAAUACAACUGCUCUAAGCCGUACGGUUAAAUGGGAUUUUAUGCCACAAAAUGUUCGUAUCGGUUCGAAUAUUACUGGUGGUGAUAUUUUUGGUUUCGUUCCGGAAAAUACAUUGAUCAAACAUAAAAUUAUUCUACCACCAAAAGCCCGUGGUAUUGUUACUUAUAUCGCUGAACCGGGUAGCUAUGAUUUGAAUGUAAGUAAUUAUUCGAUGAUCCGAAUGCAAAUCAGUUUAAUUAAUUUCUUGUUUUAAAUGUUCGUAAAGGAUGUUGUUUUGGAAACCGAUUUCGAUGGACAAAAAACCAAAUAUACUAUGUUGCAAAUAUGGCCCGUACGUCAAAUGCGUCCAACUGCCGAAAAAUUGGCUGCAAAUCAUCCACUUUUAACUGGUCAACGAAUCGAUGGUAAAACUGAAUCAAUUAUGAAACGAACAACAUUGGUUGCCAAUACAUCGAACAUGCCUGUAGCUGCUCGUGAAGCAUCCAUCUAUACUGGUAUCACAUUAGCCGAAUAUUUUCGUGAUAUGGGUUAUAAUGUAUCUAUGAUGGCUGAUUCAACAUCUCGUUGGGCUGAAGCAUUGCGUGAAAUUUCUGGUCGUCUAGCUGAAAUGCCUGCCGAUUCAGGUUAUCCAGCAUAUCUUUCGGCUCGUUUAGCUUCAUUUUAUGAACGUGCUGGCCGUGUUAAAUGUAUUGGAAAUCCAUUACGUGAAGGUUCAGUAUCGAUUGUUGGUGCUGUAUCACCACCGGGUGGUGAUUUCUCAGAUCCUGUUACAUCGGCUACACUUGGUAUUGUACAAGUAUUUUGGGGUUUAGAUAAAAAAUUGGCACAACGUAAACAUUUUCCAUCGAUUAAUUGGCUAAUUUCAUAUUCAAAAUAUAUGCGUGCAUUAGAUGAUUUUUAUGAUCGUAAUUAUCAGGAAUUUGUUCCAUUACGUACAAAAUGUUCACAAAUUUUGCAAGAAGAAGAAGAUUUAUCUGAAAUUGUACAACUAGUCGGUAAAGCAUCAUUAGCCGAAACGGAUAAAAUUACAUUAGAAGUUGCUAAAAUUAUUAAAGAAGAUUUUCUACAACAAAAUGGUUAUACACCAUAUGAUCGUUUCUGUCCAUUUUAUAAAACUGUAGGAAUGAUGAAAAAUAUGAUCGGUUUUUAUGAUUUAGCUAAAAAUGCUGUCGAUUCAAAUAAAGGCGAUAAUCGUGUAACAUAUGCAAUGAUCAAAGAAGCAAUGAAUGAUAUUAUGUAUCAAUUAAGUUCAAUGAAAUUCAAAGAUCCGGUUAAAAUGGGUGAAGCUAAAAUUAAAAAAGAUUUUGAAGAACUUUAUGAAAAUAUGCAACAAGCAUUUAGAAAUCUUGAAGAUUAAAUUAACCAUGUCUUGUCAUAACGGGCAGCGAGUAACAACAACAAAAAAAAAUCCAUAUUCCAAAGCCAAUAAUUUUUAUUUAUUAUCUAUUCAUGAAGAAAAUAUAUUUGUAAAUCCA